AUCUCAGGCUGGUCUAUCAGCUCCCCGCUCUUUAACGUUAGUUAACCAGCUAGCCUAACAGAGAGUUGUUGUGGCUAACAAAGCUAGAAAUUGCUAGCGUGUACUGUAGCUAGUUAGCUAUCUCUGGGCUUGGCUCUUAUACCGGCGAAGUCAUAAUAAGAUAAUUACUGUUGUUGUUUAUUCCUGUGACUAUAAAAUGGCGGAAAAGCCAGAGGCUGGAGACAGCGAAGACGAGGUUGAAGAUGUAUACGAAGUGGAGAGGAUUAUUGACAUGCGAACGGAGGAGGUACAGUAACGAAGCAAGCAUGUUGUUAACUAGCUAACUUGGCUAACUGAACGUUCGAGCAAACUGAACGUUGUUGCUAGCUAGCUAUCUACACAAUUUGACAACAAUGAAAAGGUUUAAACACUAGGAACCGUGUUUUCUUAAGUAAACUGUAAAUAUAUGGCUAGCUAACGUAGAGAAAUGCUUAAAUGUCCACGCACAGUUCACUUAUGUAUAAUAACAACAGUUAGCUAGCUAACUAGCCAACCGCAAAGGAAAUGUCAAUGGCUGCACAACUUUGCCCAGGCAUCCGACGCCCCCCUCCUUGUACGAACAGUAAAGCUAGGCCAGACAGACUGGUGUUAUUAUUUCAUCCUUCAGGACUUCAGCUAGCCCCACUGUUGCACAGACUUGCCAAAUACAACAAACCCUCCGUGCUAACGCAUGUACAACCAACUCGUAAUUGUCUUUAAUUAGCUAACUAGCUACAUGUGCUAGUUAGCUUACUACGUUAGUUUGUUAGAAAGCGCUAACGUUAGCGCUAACUGUCCGUAGUAGGCAGCUGCGGAUUACUAUAUUCUGCUGUCAUCUUUGUUUUGGUUAUGUUGGCUAUAUAUUGACAGUCUCUAGAUAUGUUCUAGCUAGCUAAAUACAUUAGCAAUGACGCUCUUUUUUUCACGGUACCUAAUACAAUGGUACAGACCUUUCCUUUUCACGCCUAUGAAAAUAAUGAACAGGUGAUGGUGCUCUACAAUAAUGAGUCGGCAUUCUUUGAGUUGUGGGUACAGCCAGGUGUCCUUGCAGAACAUUACACUGCUCUCUUCUUGCAGGGUUGCACUGGUUAUUCAGUGUUGCAGAACUGCAAAUUAGUUUGACAUGGACCAGCUGCCUUACCUGAUUGACUGCCACAAUAACACAGUAUAAUUAGUCAUGCACCGAUAUGACAUUUUUGGCCGAUACCAAUAUCCGAUACUUUCUUUGCCAAAAAAAAGAUACCGAUAUUUAAAAUUUUAGCGGCCUUUUAAGCGUUCUAGUACAGUUAAAUAGUUGAAACAAAUUGUAAUAUGUUCAUUUGUUCAGUUAGGAACAGAUUGUUUUAUAACUUGUAAAUGAGAAAAAUGACAAAUCCAUUAAUGUAUUUUAUCGCACAACAGAUAUUCAUGACACAAAUAUUUUAGCUGCCCCGCAUUACAAAGAUGGUUAAGUUGUUGGUGGCUCUUCUUACUAUCCAAUCUUGACUGUAUGGAGAAACUUAAAUGCUUUGAAAUAAAUAUUGGUUUAAACUAAAAUGCAGUUAAUCAGUUUAGCUUUAACUGCUUGAAAAAAAUACUGUCUAUAGGCUAUGUCAUAAACUGCUAUAAAUGGCACAAUUUAAACUUUUCAAAUGUGCUCAACUGACUUGACUAGUAAAAUCCAAGCAAAUUUACAACACAUCUCAUCUUUCAUUUAGGAAAUUAAAAUGUAAUACAACAUAUUGCAUUAUUCUUGCAUUCCAAAGGAUUAUUAGGCAUAGAUCAACGUUGGCCGAUGUAGUAACAGAAAAUGAAAAUACAACGCGUCUCUCUCUCACAGAGAUACUCUGACCAAAAAGUUAUUUUGUUGGCAUUUACGUAUGUCCCCAUUACCAGUAAAACAUAAUCAAAACCUAUUUCUUUCACUUACUUGCUGUGCUGUUUCGUUGUUCAUUUGUUCAGUCGUUCCAUUCUCAACCAGAAUUUCAUCAUACAUAUCAAGCAGUGACAUUUCAGCUCUGUCUGUCUGUGGCCUCUUCUGUCGUGGGUCCUUUUCCUUUGUGCGCACUGUCACUGUGUCCGUUUCCAUCUUGUCCAGCUGUGUCUGUAACAUUUCACGUAAACACUGUUUCUUGUCUGCAUCGAAGUAGCGGUCCUUGUACCUAGCAUCGAGCAUGGUGGCGACACAGUAAAGAGGCUCAGAGAGAAUGCCAUCGAAUCGCUUGUUCACAGCCUCUAGUAGAGUUUUUUUGCAAGUUUUAACCCCACGGUCUGUGUCAGCAGUUUUGUUGAGCAGGCGUUUCAAUGCCAUGACAUAGGGUAUCACGUCUGCUGCAGACGCAGUUGAUUAGCUUAUUUCUCGAGUCAGUUGUUCAAAGUCCACUGUCAAAUUGUCAGAGAACUCUGCAGCCCCUCUCCCUUAUCCCCUCUGACUGGAGCUCUCUGUUGUCCCAGUGCACUGGAUAGGAGGGUGGGGACUGGAAAUACUGGCUGUAUGCGGCAGUGCCAGACACAGCCGUUCAGCUGAAUGUGUGUUUAUCUCAGACGGAGAGCUCUAUGAGUAGGCAUGGGUCAAAUCAGAUAUAUUUGUCACAUGCUUUGUAAACAACAAGUGUAGACUAACAGUGAAAUGCUUACUUAAGGGUCAAUUUCCAACAAUGCAGAGUUAAUAUACAAGGAGUACCGGUACAGAAUCAAUGUGCAGGGGUACGAGGUGAGGUAAUUGAGGUAAGAUCUACAUGUAGCAGAGUUUCCGUUAGGAAAAUGGAUACAACGGGGUCGUCAUUCUUACCAAAUUCCGAUGAGCAAUUUGAAGACGUUAGAAUACAUAAGGCUAGUGGAAGCUAAGCUUUCCCUAAAGUAAAUUGAAUUAAAUUGCCAAAAUUAGAUAGCCUAAUUAGUUUACUCAUGUCUAUACAGAAAGAAAGAAAAUCAUUUAAAAUGGGCUACUACACUAGAAAGCGUAAUUUGGCCACAGAGGAUCAUUUAGCUUCUUUGUUUUAAAUCGCGUUGCCUACUGUCAGAAGGGCCCGCAAUUUGGGCAGAACGCGCGGCAAAUACCAAAUGGAUGAUUGUGGAUUUGCGACUGUCAAUGAAAAGCUGAGAACCAGGCAUAUCGCAAUAUUUAAAAAUACAAUCGUUGAAAAACAGUUUGGAAAAUAAAUGGCUAUUGCUGUAAAUAGAAGACAAUGAAAAUACUCUAAUCUGUCUUUCAGUUAUCAAAAUUCUCAACUUAAUUGAGGGAAAAGUACCGUAUCUUAUUAGCACCAGCGGAGAACAUCGGCCAUAUCCCCGGUGAGUGUGCAUAUUCACUGUCUUUAUCAUUGGGUCGGUGCACUUUUGUUUUUGGACAAUAAUUCCCUCCAUCAGGUUAGAAGGACAUCAUAUUGUAUUUGUCUGGCCUUUUCGUAGGCCUAAUAUAUGGAUCAGGCAAAGUUGUUUUUAUUGAUCUGUUUGUCAGUGUAUCUGAUAUAGCCUACUCCAAGCCAUUACAAGCUGCAUUGAACAGUAUUUUUUGCGAACAGUGAUUGAGUUAUAUUACUAUCCAAUCUAAUCAUCACGUUAGGAAUAGUAGGCUAUCUUACAAAAGUCUGCAUUUUUAUGGUGAAAUGUCCUCAAAGCUGGAAACCCACACACUGCCUAUGUUAGAAUAACUGCCCAUAUUUACUUCUCCUCAGCCAACAAGACCAGUAAUGAACAGCAAAAUCACUAGCCUAUGUCAAUCUACAAUCCCCCAUAGUAGAAAAGUUGACCUAUUCUAUUGGUCAGCUUGUCGUUCUGUGCGAGAAAGAUAUAGCCUAUUCCAAACAGACUCUGGGACCGUUGUGGGACGAUAAUCCCAAAUUCAUACAACCAUUAGUCCUAGGUUAUAUCCAAAAAACGUUAAAAAGCAAUGAGGAUAGAUAAUAAAGAGUAGCAGCAGCAAAUGUGAAAGUGUGUGUGUGGCGUUGGGUUUCCAUUAGCCGGGAUAAGAGCGUCUGCUAAAUGACUAAAAUGUAAAUGUAAUAGCCGGCUUUUGUCAGGUGAAAAAUAAAUAGAAAAGCCAAUAAAAUUGGCUCCGGGCCAAUUGUCCAGGAGAAGAAAAAAAUCCCAUUACGAUAUAAUGCUUUUUAAUCUAUUCAUUGAUGGAAAUAGCAGUUGAUGUCAAAAGUUUGACUGGUAAUGCUUAUCAGUCUAUAGGUACAUUUGCAUAAUUUAGUGGAAUUUAAUUGGGGCUUGUGUACAGUAUAUUUGUUAUGCAUCCUAUUUAUCACACGUGUACAGCAUACAGAGCCUUUGAGUGGAAAAUCUGUCAGUUGGUGUAAGAGCUACUGCUGCAGAAUCUUGUGGUGCCUUCAAGAAAACUGGGAACUCGUAAAAUACGAGGUCAAAUCAUGACGUCAGUGAUCUUCAGUUCAGAAAGUUGAAGCUUUAGAAAGAGGCCAGAGUUCCUGAGUUGGAAUUCUAUUCAAAACUAUUUUUCCCAGUAGGAGCUCGUUUUUUCCCCAGUUCCCAUUUGUCUUGAAAGCACUGAAGUCGGAAGUCUGAGAUUUCCGAGUUCUCAGUUUUGAACACCGCAUCAAAUGGCAACAGAAGCAGGCUUCAUCACAUCACUUUGCAAUGAGCUGGAGGCAGAAUGCAUUUUGAAAAUGUAUACUUAAUUGUUUGAAACCUGAACGUUUUAAUAUAUAUGAGGCAUGUCUUGCCUUGAUUCAAAGUAGCCUAUUAGAUCUCCUCUUUUUGUACAUUUCUAAUGGAUAUUUUCAAUUCUGUCAUGAAACCGCUUGCAUGUGCAGUGCCCAUUUGACAACUGUGUUUUCCUGCUAAUUGCAUUAUGGAAUGAACAUUUGCUCAUAGCCUACUGCCUUGUGCACCUUGCUACGCUUAUAAUGUGAAUAAUAGUUUCUCAAUUUUAAGCUAAACGUUUUGAUCUGUUGCAUCAGACUCAUUGCUUUUUAACAUUUUAUUAUGUAGCCUAGGCCUACUGGUUGAAUGAAUUUGGGAUCCAUCGUCCCAGACUCUGUUUUGUAAUAGGCUAUUUCUUCUUCGACAAGCUGACCAAUAGAAUUGGUAGCCUAAACUUUUCUACUAUAGUAGAUAGAAGUAGGCUAGUGAUUUUGCUGUUCGUUACAGGUCUUGUUGGCUGAGGAAAAGUAAACGUGGACAGUUAUUCUAACAUGUUCAAAGUGCACAUCAGAAUUCGGUAAGAAGGACCGCACAUCGUUACAUUCUCGACUUGCAUGUUCUGUUAAUAUGAAUUAACAUAUUCUAAAUGUGAUUUCUGUCAUUCUGAGCACCGUGGGUGGACACCCUAAUCAGUUUACGCACCCAAUGCAUAUGGGAUUGGUCAAUUUCUCAAAUGUCCGGUAAAUGAAAAUGUUGCAGGUCAACUGUCCGGUGCCAGAUUUUCCUAACAGAAACCCUGGUGUGGCAUCUAUGCGUGUGUGUGUGUGUGUGUGUGUGUGUGUGUGUGUGUGUGUGUGUGUGUGUGUGUGUGUGUGUGAGCGUAUGUAGUUGUGUAUAUAGUCUGUGUGUGUUGGAGUGUCAAUGUAGUAUGUGUGGGAAGAGUCCAGUGAGUGUGCGUAGAAUCAGUGCAAAUAAAAAGGGGGUCAAUGCAAAUAUUCAGGGUAGCCAUUUGAUGAACUGUUCAGCAGUCUUAUGACUUGGGGUUAAAAGCUGUUCAGGAGCCUUUUGGUCCCAGACUUGGUGCUCUGGUACUGCUUGCCGUGUGGUAGCAGAGAGAACAGACUAUGACUUGGGUGGCUGGAGUCUUUGAAAGUUGAGGGCCUUCCUCUGACACCGCCUGUAUAUAAUUUUGUUUUAUGCUUAUUGCACAUUUAUAAAGCAGACUACACAUCUAGUAUAACAGUCUUUGGCAAAAAUUCUGCUAGCGGUACCCCAAUGCCACGCUUGACUAACUGAAUCAAUGUUCAUUGAUACUCACGUUUUAGUAGUGUCUGCUCUGCAUGCAAUUUGAGGAGUUGAGACAUAAAAAGUGUAUCGUUGGAAAGGUUAACCUGUCCUCUAUUACAGUAAAAUAAUGUCUGUGUUUCGGUGUCCAUAUGACCGUUUCUGUUGGACCAAACCUCAAAGGAAAAGAGCAAGUUGAAACCGCUUGUCAGAGAGGAGAAGUGAUCUCUCAUAUUUGUUGUGAGGGGGAGUGGCUUGGUGUGUGUGUGUGUGUGUGUGUGUGUGUGCGCAAACGGAGAGGAAGACUAGAGGUUUCACUCCCGCCAAAAUCUGUCCAAAAUAAGCCCAAGUCAUUGGGACAAUGACUCCCAUUCUUAGGGCGGAGACAUGAGCAUGUUGUCAUUAUAUACAGAUCUCUGGUGUAAAUGGAAGGUGCACAGAAGGAGACAAGAUCAAAAAUACAACACGAAAAGAAGCGGACAUAAACACAAAAAAGUGGUUCUUGCGAUACAGACAUUUGGAAUAUCACGCAAAUACAUAAAUCCAAAUUAAUUUGAUAUAUCGCCAUGCCCUAACAGUCAGUCAGUCUUCAUAUUCUGCAAUGAAAACAUUUCCAGCAAGCAUUCUCAUAUUGCUCUCACCCACAUGUAUUUGUCCUUGUCUUUAGGGGGAGGUCCUGUACCGCGUUCGCUGGAAGAACUACUCAUCUGACGAUGACACCUGGGAGCCUGAGGCCCACCUGGAGGAUUGUAGGGAGGUGCUGCUGGUCUACAAGAGGGCUCUGGCAGAGGCUAAGGUCAAGAAAGACCAAGAUGCUAAGAAGGGCAUGGUAAGUCCUAUCCAGGAGGAUCACAGCCACCAUAAGAAAGGCUUGGUGAGUCUAAUUGCUGGGAUGGAACGUUUUAGAUUUUUAGAACUGACUGUUACACUAACUACACAGAACAAAAAUAUAAACGCAACAUGUAAAGUGUUGGUCCCAUGUUUCAUGAGCUGAAAUAAAAGAUCCCAGAAAUUUUCCAGAUGCACAGAAAGCUUAUUUCUCCAAUUUUGUGCACAAAUUAGUUUACAUCCCUGUUAGUGAGCAUUUCUCCUUUGACAAGAUAAUCCAUCCACCUGACAGGUGUGGCAUAUCAAGAAGCUGAUUAAACAGCAUGCUCAUUACACAGGUGCACUCUGUGCUUGGGACAAUAAAAGGCCACUCUAAAAUGUGCAGUUUUGUCACACAACACAAUGCUACAGAUGUCUCAAGUUUUGAGGAAGCGCGCAAUUGGCAUGCUGACUGCAGGAAUGUCCACCAGAGCUGUUGCCAGAGAAUUGAAUGUUAAUUUCUCUACCAUAAGCCGCCUAACGUUGUUUUAGAGAAUUUGGCAACCUGCCUCCCAACCGCAGACCAUGUGUAAACACGCCAGCCCAGGUCCCCUACAUCCAGCUUUUUCACUGGACAGCUGAUGAAUCUGAGGAGUAUUUCUGCCUUUUUGUGGGGAAAAACUCAUUCUGAUUGGCUGGGCCUGGCUCCCCAGUGGGUGGGCCUAUGCCCACCCAUAGCUGCGCCCCUGCCCAGUCAUGUGAAAUACGUAGAUUAGGGCCUAAUGAAUUUAUUUCAAUUGACUGAUUUCCUUAUAUGAACUGUAACUCAGUAAAAUCGUUGAAGUUGUUGCAUGUUGAGUUUAUAUUUUUGUUCAGUGUACAUUUGAUGAGUAACUGAUUAUCACUUUCUAUGGCUGAUGUGAAUGUCCCCUCUUCUCUGUAGAAGCUUCCCAUGAAGAGUGACGUGUUUGAUGCCGACUCUGACAGUGACAGUGAUAAAGACAAGCCCACAGACCUGCCUGUCAAGAAGAAGAAAAAGAAGAAGCCCCAAGAAGAAGAAGAGGAGGAGGCACCUCCCCCGAAGGAGAAGAGGAAAAAGAAGAAAGACAAGCGCAAGGAGGACUUCAGGCCUCGUCCGGCACCAGAGUCUGAUGAAGAGGAGCUUUCCCCUCCCCCGACUCCGGGCCGCAGUACCAAGAUGUCCGACUCCAAGAAGAGAUUUGUCGAAUCUGAUGAAGAGGAAGAAGCCCCCGUGCCCUCCAAGAAGCACAGGAAGGACAAGGCCAAGGAUGGAGGGAAGCAUAGGAAAAAAGAGCACAUGGAGGAAGGGAAUAAGAAAAAGAAGACAAAGAAGGAUCAAAGGGGUGAUCUGGAGUCCACUGAAGAUGAGGCCACCGCCCCCCUGGAAGAGGAGCUUAGCGAGGGGCCAUCUGAGUCCCAGACGGAUGAUACCACAGCAACUGAAAAGUCUCGCACUGAUGACAAACCCAAGAAUAAGAAGGGGAAGUCAGAACUGAAGCUGCAGGGCAUCAAGGACUUCCUUCAGGACAGGAAAGGCAAGAAGCCGGAAACUACGUCGCCCACGCUCUCCGCAAGCGGACUCGCAAAACUCAAGAGCCUUGCCUCCUUCAAGACCCAGAGCCGGGAUGAGCCCACACCAACCUCUGACUCCAGCGACACCCCCGCCCCGGCCCACGUCCACAAGAAGGCCAAGGGCAAGAGCCAGGAGGCCACCCCUGCACCACCAAAAAUCCCCUCUUCCUCAUCCUCCUCUUCCUCCUCUGGUGCAGGGGCCAGCACUAGCAAGGCCCGAGAGGAGGAGUCUAAAGAGGAAGUGGGCGGGGAUAAGGAACCAGCCGCCUCCACUAACCUGUUUGAGAAGUUUCUGCUGAACUGCGAGGCCAAGGACCGUGUCCCCCGCAAACAGAUGGUCCACCAGCCCACCCCUGCAGAGAACACUAAACCACCGAAGGUAAACCAAGCAGCUUUGCACUAAAUGUAGCGGGGUUAGCAAAUCAAUGCUGGUGAUAUAGCCAGCGGCAAGGCCCUCUCUGUUGUGGUGAAAGUCUAUCUUAAGCUGCAUCAAGUAAAAUCUUAAAUAUAUUUCUGUAAAAAUUUCAGCUCAUAGGAAAAGUUGAGAAAAGGACCAAGCCGACAAAGGAGUCACCUGCUCGGAAACCAGAGCCAGACAAGGCCAAACAUACAGACGGUGAGAGGAGUUACAAGGCUCCAUUGUUAAGCUUACACUAUCGGGCAGGGGUGUCAAAUUCAUUCCAUGGAGGGCCUAGUGUCUGCUGGUUUUAGUUUAUUCCUUUCAAUUAAGACCUAGACAACCAGGUGAGGAGUUCCUUACUAAUUAGUGUCCUUUAUUCAUCAAUCAAGUGCAAGGAAGUAGCGAAAACCCGCAGUCACUCGGCCCUCCGUGGAAUGAGUUUGACACAUGCUAUAGGGCUUUCAUUGAAUUACCUAUGAAUGUAGUGGACGCAGCCACUACAUAGUGACUCACUCAAGAUGUUUUAACUGACAUGAUGCCUGUUGCGUAUUCCACCUUUUUAUUUGUUUAUUUUCACUUCUCUAACAUUAUUUGUUCCUCUCCUUUUAAUAGCAUUUCGGCCCAGUCAGAGCCUCGCUGCUGUGGAGACUAGUGACAAGGCGGAGGCAGAAGAGGAACCUGCCCAGAAGUCAAAGUUUGGCGGAGAGGACCGGAGGGAGGAGGCUCAACGCUGGGAGAGGAGGACCCAAGACGAUGACAGGAGGAGGAGGAGGAGGGAAGACAGCGAACCACGCCUCUUCAUCGCCUGCGAUGACAAUCAAGACGCCUUGGAGAGCGGCGACAAGUCUGGUACGCCGUCUGGUACACCACAGAACCAUCUCACAUGGAAAAGUCAACACACAUACAAACACUCAGUGUAGACAUGCAUCCGUUACAAAAAUAUCAUAUUGCUUACACCUACAGUGCAUUCGGAAAGUAUUCAGACCCCUUGACCUUUUCCACAUUUUGUUACGUUACAGCCUUAUUCUAAAAUGGAUUCAAUUGUUUUUUCCACUCAUCAAUUUACACACAAUACCCCAUAAUGACAAAGCAAAAACAGGUUUGUAGAAAUGUUUGCUAAUGGAUUACAAAUAAAAAACGGAAAUAUAACAUUUACAUAAGUAUUCAGACCCUUUACUCAGUACUUUGUUGAGGCACCUUUGGCAGCGAUUACAGCCUCGAGUCUUCUUGGGUAUGACGCUACAAGCUUGGCACACCUGUAUUUGGGGAGUUUCUCCCAUUCUUCUCUGCAGAUCCUCUCAAGCUCUGUCAGGUUGGAUGGGGAGCGUCGCUGCACAGCUACUUUCAGGUCUCUCCAGAGAUGUUCGAUCGGGUUCAAGUACGGGCUCUGGCUGGGCCGCUCAAGGACAUUCAGAGAGUCCUCCGUUGUGUUGGCUGUGUGCUUAGGGUCGUUGUCCUGUUGGAAGGUGAACCUUCGCCUCAGUCUGAGGUCCUGAGCACGCUGGAGCAGGUUUACAUCAAGAAUCUCUCUGUACUUUACUCCAUUCAUCUUUCCCUCGAUCCUGACUAGUCUCCCAGUCCCUGCUGCUGAAGAACAUCCCCACAGCAUGAUGCUACCACCACCAUGCUUCACCAUAGGUAUGGUGCCAGGUUUCCUCCAGACGUGACGCUUGGCAUUCAGGCCAAAUAGUUCAGUCUUGGUUUCAUCAGACCAAAGAAUCUUGUUUCUCCUGGUCUGAGAGUCCUUUAGGUGCCUUUUGGCAAACUCCAAGCUGGCUGUUAUGUGCCUUUUUACUGAAGAGUGGCUUCCGUCUGACCACUACCAUAAAGGCCUGAUUGGUGCAGAGAUGGUUGUCCUUCUUGAAGGUUCUCUCAUCUCCACAGAGGAACUCUGGAGCGCUUUCAGGCCGCUGUGUUCUUGGGGACCUUCAAUGCUGCAGACAUUUUGUGGUACUCUUCCCCAGAUCUGUGCCUCGACAAAAAAUACAGUUCAAUGCAUGACUGGGCACGUAUAGCAUGAAGUAGGCCUAGGCUAUAUCAGAUACUGUAAGUUUCUUUUGCAUGGGAAAAAUGUGGCCUUUUAUUAACACAUUUCAUGGAAUUCUACUACACUUUAUAUGACUGGAGACAGUAGCAGAAUCUUUAUUUAAUACGACAAAAUAUAGGGUAGCCUACUCUGCUGACACUGAAAAACCGAUCAAUAAAAACGACGUUGUCCAUAUAAUAGGCCUACGAGAACGGGUGUCACAAAUUGAAUAUGACGUCCAUCUAAACUGGAGGAGGAAGUUAUUGUUAAAAUAACUACUUUUAAGUAGCACUGACCCAACAAUGAUAAAUAGUGAAUAUGCGCAGUGCGCAGUCACCGGGGAUAUUGCAGAUGGUCUCCGCUGGUGCCAAUAAGAGAGGCUAUACUGUUGUCCGCUAAUUUAAGAUCAGAAUUUUGAUAACUAAAAGACAGAUUAGUAUUUUCAUUGUCUUCUCUUUACAGCAAGAACCAUUUGCUUUCCAAACUAUGUUUUCCUGCGAUUGUAUUUUGAAAUAUUGCGAUAUGCCUGGUUUGGCCUCUACUUUUCACAGACAGUCACAACUCAACAAUAAUCUACCCAAAUUGCGCGCUGCCUUUCCGUCCGACUGUAGGCAAUACUAUUUAAAACAAUCCACAACUUAUUUUUUUAAAAGAAGCUAAUGAUCGUCUGUGGCCAAAUCAUGCUUUAGUAGCCUAUUUUGAAUUAUUUUAUUUCUGUGUAGACAGGAGUAGGCUAAUUAGGCUAUAUAAUUUUGGCAAUUUACUUUAGGAAAAGCUUCCCCUAGCCUUAUGGACACGCGGCCUAUGCUUGCAUAUUAAACACAUAACUGCACGUAACCUCCAUUCGCUAUUCGAGUGCAGGCUACUGUUUUUUCCCGCACUCCCUCGGAAAUCGUUUGGAAAAAAUGUCCUUUCUAUUUUAUUCAGCUAUGUUCAAUUCUAUUCUUCAUACUAUAAAAUAAUAUAUAAAAGAAUUCCCUGGAAUUCUAAGCAAAUCUUUUCUGCUAAAUGAGCUAGUGUAGCCCACAGCCAUAUGGCAUAGCCAGAUCAGGGCCUAACAUAAGGAUAACUCAGAAUAUGCUAUUCUGUUCUUCUUAAAUAGGCUACAUUUUCUUAUGUUUCUUUAGACCGGACUAAAAUAAAUAAUGGAUUUGUUGUGAUGGUGUAGGCAAUAUUAAAUUGAUUUAUUAGACUUUUUAAAAUGUAGAUGUUCCAACUGUCUGCAUCAGUGGCUUGUAGGCUAUGCAUAGAAACCAGGAGAUGCUAAACGUGUUUAUGUUAAUGAAUGGUCAAUUACAGACAGGCAGUUAUUUGCAUGACAAUCACCGGCUGACAACAUUUCAUGACCGCUACACCUAUCCAAUCCUUUCAGAUUUACUCUAUGGGUAGGGGCUGUUUCUGGACAGAGCCCCUCCAAAUGGCCAUGUGAAAUAAUACUAAUGUACUAUUGGAUGUGGUUUGUGACUGACAGACAAAGGACAAGCCUCUCUUAACCUUGGAAUGGACCUCAACUUGGACUGGAUGACACUGGAGGACUUUCAGAAACAUUUGAACGGAGAGGAUGAGAUUCUCUCUGCUCCACCGCUAUCUCCCGGUAAGUGUCUACCAUAAAAUAAGAAUACUAGAAUGGACAUAAACCUUCAUAUGGUGGUAUAAAGGUCAGCCAUUUUGGUCAGGGAGUUGGUCAACCAUGGUUUGCCAGUGCUGUGAUAAAAGCUAGCUAGCAGACCAGUUCUAGAGGAAUGAUUACAUUAAUUUGUCAAAUUAACUGCCUAUAUGCCAACAUUCCAUUCAAACAAUGCAGUCAAUCCACAGCCAUACACUGACUGAAAUCAGUUUAUAGGACUUGGACAAGUUGUAAAAGCAACAAGUACUGAUAUUGUACUAUAUGAUAGCAUUGAGAAAUGUAUGGUCUGUUUACAUAUAUUUUAGAUGCUAUUUAUACAGAUUUUUUUAAAAUAAAACCCAUAUAAACUAUUUAUAACCAAUAUAGCUGCCAUUUUCACCCCAUUCUGGAACUUUGAGGGUUUAUGACAUAACCCCUCUAGUAAUUUAAUAGCAUCUGUAUGUUGUCUACCCUCUGUAUCUCAUGUUUUCCCAGAUGUCUCUCAACAUCGGCUGUACAUGAACCUCUCGCUUCCACACACUAUGUAGGUAGAUAUAGACAACUACUGAUGUGAAUCUGUGUGUCCCUCAGGUGAGCUGCGGGAUGCAGUGAAAAGCGGGGAUUACAUGUCUGUGAAACUUGCACUCAAUUCCAAAGAGGACUACAAUCUAGACCAGGAGGUACGUUCCGUGUUCUAAAUAAUAUUUUUUGCCCAAUCCCAGAGUACCUAUUACCAUUAUUCUCCUCCCCACUUCCCUCCUGUCUUUGGGGAGCCCCAGCUGUUCCACCUAUUUAUUCAGCACUAACUAGUCACAACUAGUCAAAUAAAGAUGUUUACCUUUUGUUAGAGUAGCCUAUGUGUGUGGUCAUACUUGUGAGUUCAUUCAAAUGAGGACAAUUUUGGGACCAACAUCACAGUACUCUUUCCAACGAAUACAUACAUUAACCAACUUGGGCAACGACAGAUCUGCUUUUGAAAUGUAUUUUAACUACUGGAUAUACGUCAGCGCCAAGUGCCAUAAUGCAUUACUCAAUUAAAGCCAUAAUAUGUAACUUUUAUUCCAGAAAUGAUAGCAGGGGAAGUACCAAUGACUGGAAAUGAAGUUACAGAUUGCUGCUUUAAUUACAUUUGUGUGUAAGUGUAGAAAGAUUUUUCAUUUUGCCAGUCUGGUUCAAACAUAGACACAACUUGAUCAACUUAGCCACUCUGAUCGAGUUAUAAUGCAGUUUAAACAUAGCACAAAACGUGAGAGCCAGUAAUGGCAUGCGGAGGUUGAAUAGCAGGACAUCGAUUGCGAGGAGAGAAUCCGACUGCAAUACCUGCUGACUGCAUCCAUUGAGGACCAGUGAGCCAACAAAGGUAAGCAGAUUAUGCCCUUCAACUACUCAGUUAUUUUAAUUUAGCCUAAUGGAGCUACAUAUGGUUUUGUAAAGAUGAGUGAAGCUUGAAUAGGAAAAUGCAGUUUGUGAAAUUAAUGUUUAUUGCAUUGCUUAAAAGAAUUAAAUAAUUGGCUAUCAUCAUACUUCAUAAACUGUUGUGCCAACUUGAUGCCUGGAAUUAAUAAGUCCAAGCUUUACAUUGAAAUUAAUGUUUUUUGUUGUGCAUAGUUGGCAGAUAAUUUUCAUACAUUACUAUGGAGACUGCUAGAGUGAUCUAAGACGGAUAUGUUCUUCUCAUUUACAGACCAAGGACAUGAUGAGCAGUAGGUUAAAGUUCACAAGAAGCUAUAAGAUACAACCUUUGCCUCAGGUACAGUAAUGCCUUCAGAAAAGUAUUCUUGUACCACCGCAGAGCAUGUAAAAAUGCUGCUGACUUUCGGUCAUAGCAGUACUGACAUUUCACUCAUCUUCAUUAUCAACAACAACGAAUAGCCCAAAGCUAAAAGGAAAAACCUUACUUUGAGUCAAUCAUUACAAUACUGGUAACACAUUUCAGCUUUUGCCAUACAGUUUUCUUUGUGUACAAUAAGAAUUAGAUAUUAAUGGAACAAAGCCUUUGUUCACCGUUUUAACAAACUGCUGCCAUAAGCAUGUAUUCCGUGGAAAAGCCUUUCUUGACCGUUUAACAUGUACCACUGUUUAACAUGUACCGUUUAACAUGUACCACUGUUUAACAUGUACCGUUUAACAAACUACUGCCAUAAGCAUGUAUUCCGUGGAAAAGCCUUUCUUGACCGUUUAACAUGUACCACUGUUUAACAUGUACCGUUUAACAAACUACUGCCAUAAGCACGUAUUCCGUCACUUAACCAAAUAUUUAUUUACAAAUUACGUAGGCUACUAUUACUUGCCCAGUGUGACAGUAUGCUUUUGUUUGGGUUGUUAAAUAUAGGCUUCUUUACUUGAUGUGCAAUUAUAAGGACUCAAUAGUAUUAUUACGGUCCAAUCAGUGUUUUUAAGGACGCGUUCAUAUAAAUGUAGUACCCUGCUGCUUUUAAGAGAAUGGAAAGAAUUAUAUUUCUCAAACUUACUGCUGCAACUGGUACCUGUUGGGCAAGUACCAGAAUUAAGUUGGACCAGGGUUAACUCCUGAGUGGCGCAGUGGUUCUAAGGCACUGCAUCGCAGUGCUAACUGUGCCACUAGAGAUCCUGGUUCGAAUCCAGGCUCUGUCGCAGCCGGCCGCGACCGGGAGACUCAUGGGCGGCGCACAAUUGGCCCAGCGUCGUCCAGGGUAGGGGAGGGAAUGGCCGGCAGGGAUGUAGCUCAGUUGAUAGAGCAUGACGUUUGCAACGCCAGGGUUGUGGGUUCGAUUCCCAUGGGGGGCCAGUAUAAAAAUAAAAAUAAGUAUUCACUAACUGUAAGUCGCUCUGGAUAAGAGCGUCUGCUAAAUGACUAAAAUGUAAAUGUAAAAUGUUUGUUUUGCAUCUUCAUAGGCUUCCAAACGCUCUAGGAUCUUAUUCCGGUCUAAUUUGUGAAAACACUCCUAAAUCACCCACCAAACACUCAUUAUUGCAUGCAUGUCACAAAAUACUGAAUAUAAAUACUGAAUAUAUAUAUAUAUAUAUAUAUAUAUGGAGGAUUAGAAACACAGUCACUGGCAAAAUGUAGGCCUAGUUGCAUGGCGUUUUCUUUUCUUUACCUUCCUGGUCUCCAUGCAGCAUCUCAUCCAACAUCACAAUAUUAAUUCCUCGUCCGACAUAUUUACAAUGUGAAAACGCUGUAGUUCGCUGCUUAAUACAAUAAAUCCAUAAACUAUUCCUUGAAUGAGUCACAUGUGGUUUUUAUUAUGGAAGUAUUCAAAGUCUACACACGGUUUGGUGCUGUGUAACCAUUGCAUUGAUUCUCGCUUGACUGUGAUUGAAGUUUGAGAGCAUUGUUGAGGUGCUCUUAGGCGAUCAUUUGAAUGACUCACAAUGUGUACCGCACGUGUUUUCAAUUAGCUAUACUAUGUGGUUUUCACCAUUUAGAUUUCUCUGCAUAUGAAAUGGGUCAGGGGACCCCAGAUGUCUAGUAUGAUAGUAUAGUUAACCUAAUUUCUCUUUGCCACAAGUGAAAUACUAACUCGCAACAGCUUUCAAGCUACUUGUGCUUUUACGUCCCACUUUUCAUACAUUUUAAACCAAAUGCAUCAUGAGAUUAACCUUUCAUAAGGUCUUAUGAAUCUUACGUUUACUUGUUCUUUUACAGGCAUGCACUGUUGAACAGAAGAGUAUAAGUGGCAAAGAUAAGCAUUUAAAUGAGGAAAAGAAGACUUUAUGUGAUGAAGAGAAGACAUUAAGUAAUGAAGAGAGGCCUUUAUGCACAGCAGAUAACCCUCACCGCAAAGGGAACCCUCACCGCGAGGGGAGUCCUCUAUACAAAGAAAAUAAUUUACACAAGGAAGAGAAUCCUUCACACGAUGAAGAGAAGACUUCAUGUGAUGUGGAGAAGACUUUAUGUGACAUGGAGAGAGCUUUGUGUGACAUAAAGAAUUGUGCUGAAGAGAGCAGUUCAAGUGAUGACGAGAACAGUUCAGGUGAUAAGGUAGAAGGACAAAGACUGGAUUCAAACGUCCAAAGUGGGUCAGAUCCUCUUCCAUCUAAAGCAGAACUCCCCUGCGAUAAUAAUGAAUCUGAGCAGUCCCCUCAAAUGUCACAAGCUAAAAAACCUCGCCGCAAAAAAUUUGUGCCACGGAAAGGUACAAGGUCAAACUUACGUUCUAGCUCAAAAAUGACAGUCAGCACAUGUAGUACGACAGAUGAUGGUAAAAGAAAAUGGGACAAAAAGUACUUCUGCCUGUAUUGCAAUGAACCACACCAUAAAAUUGCAAGACAUUUAGAAAGGAUGCAUGCAGAAGAAGCAGCUGUCGCUCAUGCUAUCAGCUUCCCCAAACUCUCCAAAAUCAGGUCUCUCUUGCUUGACCAACUCCGUAACAAAGGCAACUAUCUACAUAACUUGGAAGUUCUUCAAAGUGGAGAUGGAGAAAUUGUGACAAAGAAAAGACCGUCUUACAAUGGUGUUUCUGUGCGUGACUACCUGCCCUGCCAACACUGCUUAGCUUUUUUCAACAAAAUAGAUUUAUGGAAACAUGAGGGCUCAUGUAAAGCCAGAAAAGGACCAGAUGAAAAGAGGGGAGGAAAAAGGGUGCGGGUCCAGGCUGCGUCCUCUCGACUUCUUCCAUUGCCGGUCUAUUCUACUGGAGGAUGUGAAGAAAUAAUACACAAUAUGAAUCAAGAUGACGUUCAAUGCCACAUCAAAAAUGAUCCCCUGAUAUGUAAAUAUGGCAAUGCACUAUCUGCAAAGCAUGACCAUGCCAAGUCACAGUUUACUUACAUUGGAUCAAAAAUGAGGGAAUUGGCUAGAUUUGUACUUACUGUAAAUGAGAUGGACUGUGGUGUCCAAUACCUGCAUGAAGUAUGUGUACCAUCCAAAUUCAAAUUGGCCGUUCAUGCUGCCAGGAAAAUGAGUGGUCAUGAUCCUGCCUCUGACAGGUACAAGACCCCAUCUCUUGCUUUAAAGAUAGGCUAUUCCUUGAAAAGAGCUACCGAAAUAGCUUUUGGGGAGAGUCGUAUGACCGAGGACCGGGAGGCAGAGGAACAAGCCAAAAGGUUCAUUGAGCUUCUUGAAAACAAUUGGAAUAACUGUUUUUCUGGUCUAUCCCUGAGCGCUGUCCCUCAGUGUGAAGUUGAUGUGUCUUCACUUACUGAGGAUUUGAUCAAACUUCAGAAGUUUCUCAAGGUUGCAGAGGACACAACAAAGAAAGAAUUGCUUGAGAGCCCCACCAACGCUGUCUGGAAAAAGCUCAAUGAAACUCUUCUUGCAGAAAUAGCUCUCUUCAACAGAAAAAGGACAGGAGAGGUUGCGAAAAUGCUGUUGGAAACAUACACAAACAGAAAGAAAGCUCCAGCUAGUGCAGACAUUUUCAAUAGCCUCUCAAGGCUGGAGCAGGAGCUUGGUGACGACAAACUAACCAGGGUGGAAAUAAAAGGCAAAAAUGGUAGAAACAUGCCGGUCCUACUAACAGAGAGGAUGAUCUCAUCUCUUGAGAUCCUUAUUGCAAACAGAGACAAAGUUGGUGUAUCAAAGGACAACCCUUAUGUCUUCGCACGGAGCCUGGACGCGGCAAGCUACGUCAGAGGGUCUGACUGUCUGAGGAAAUUUGCACGUGCGUGUGAUGCAAAGAAUCCUGAAAGUCUGAUCCAUGCAACAGUGAGGAAAGAGGUUGCUAUCCAUUGCCAAAUACUGAACUUAAAUGAAAGUGAAUUGGAUCAAGUGGCAAAAUUAUUGGGACAUGACACCCAGGUCCACAAAGAGUACUACAGACUCUCUGAAAAUGCAGCACAUCUAGCAGAAAUCAGCAAAUUGCUGCUUGCAAUGGAUCAGGUUCCAGUUGUGAUUCCAGGGCCAUCUGAGGAAAGGGUUGUUUCCCCUACAUGUGGUGAGUAUCAGUUACUUUACAGGGUAUUGGACAACAUUUUCAUUUUGUUUCAAGGGUUAAAUUAUAAAUAUUGGGUGGAUAAAUCCCAGUUUAAUUUGUUUUGUGCCGUUUACAUGUUAACUAGAUCUACAUUUUUGAUAAGCUUGCAACUUAUUACCCUAUAGUAUUUGCUCUGUUCCUCUAAACAAUAUACAGUUAAAGUCGGAAGUUUACAUACACCUUAGCCAAAUACAUUUAAACUCAGUUUUUCACAAUUCCUAAUAUUUAAUCCUAGUAAAAAUUCCAUGUCUUAGGUCUGUUAGGAUCACCACUUUAUUUUAAGAAUGUGAAAUGUCAGAAUAACAGUAGAGAGAAUUAUUUAUUUCAGCUUUUAUUUAUUUCAUCACAUUCCCAGUGGGUCAGAAGUUUACAUACAUUCAAUUCGUUUUUGGUAGCAAUGCCUUUAAAUUGUUUAACUUGGGUCAAACGUUUCGGGUAGCCUUCCACAAGCUUCCCACAAUAAGUUGGGUGAACUUUUUCCCAUUCCUCCUGACAGAGCUGGUAUAACUGUGUCAGGUUUGUAGGCCUCCUUGCUCGCAUACGCUUUUUCAGUUCUGCCCACAAAUGUUCUAUAGGAUUGAGGUCAGGGCUUUGUGAUGGCCACUCCAAUACCUUGACUUUGUUGUCCUUAAGCCAUUUUGCCACAACUUUGGAAGUAUGCUUGGGGUCAUUGUCCAUUUGGAAGACCCAUUUGUGACCAAGCUUUAACUUCCUGACUGAUGUCUUGAGAUGUUGCUUCAAUAUAUCCACAUAAUUUUCCUUCCUCAUGAUGCCAUCUAUUUUGUGAAGUGCACCAGUCCCUCCUGCAGCAAAGCACCCCCACAGCAUGAUGCCUGCACCCCAGUGCUUCAUGGUUGGGAUGGUGUUCUUUGGCUUGCAAGCCACCCCGCUUUUCCUCCAAACAUAACGAUGGUCAUUAUGGCCAAACAGUUCUAUUUUUGUUUCAUCAGACCAGAGGACAUUUCUCCAAAAAGUACGAUCUUUGUCCCAAUGUGCAGUUGCAAACUGUAGUCUGGAUUUUUUAUGGCGGUUUUGGAGCAGUGGCUUCUUUCUUGCUGAGCGUCCUUUCAGGUUAUGUCGAUAUAGGACUCGUUUUACUGUGGAUAUAAAUACUUUUGUACCUGUUUCCUCCAGCAUCUUCACAAGGUCCUUUGCUGUUGUUCUGGGAUUGAGUUGCACUUUUCGCACCAAAGUACGUUAAUCUCUAGGAGACAGAACGUGUCUCCUUCCUGAGCGGUAUGACGGCUGCGUGGUCCCAUGGUGUUUAUACUUGUGUACUAUUGUUUGUACAGAUGAACGUGAACCAGACUUGUGGAGGUCUACAAUUUUUUUUCUGAGGUCUUGGCUGAUUUUUUUUUUCCUUUUCCCAUGAUGUCAAGCAAAGAGGCACUGAGUUUGAUGGUAGGCCUUGAAAUACAUCCACAGGUACACCUCCAAUUGACUCAUAUUAUGUAAAUUAGCCUAUCAGAAGCUUCUAAAGCCAUGUCAUAAUUUUCUGGAAGUUUCCAAGCUGUUUAAAGGCACAGUCAACUUAGUGUAUGUAAACUUCUGACUCACUGGAAUUGUGAUACAGUGAAUUAUAAGUGAACUGUAAACAAUUGUUGGAAAAAUUACUUGUCAUGCACAAAGUAGAUGUCCUAACCGACUUGUCAAAACUAUAGUUUGUUAACAAGAAAUUUGUGGAGUGGUUGAAAAACGAGUUUUAAUGACUCCAACCUAAGUGUAUGUAAACUUCCGACUUCAACUGUAUAAUAAUGGAACGUUGAUUAAUCCUUUUCUUCUGUAUUUAUUAAUUUCAUAGGGACAUAUCCAGCAGGGACAGAUUCUGCAAGUACAUAUCCUACUGGCACAUAUCCCACUGGGUCAUCAUAUCCUACAGGGACAUAUUCAGUGAAGUCAUAUACUGUAGGGGCACAGCCUUCAAGGUCAUAUCAUGCUGGGACAUAUCCUGAAAAGUCAUAUCCUUCGGGAUCGCAUUCUCCGAGGUCAUGUUCUGCGGAGACAGAUUCUGCGAGGGCAUAUCCUACUGUGACACAUCCUGCAGGGACCUAUCCAGUAGGUUCGUAUGCUUUAGGGACAUACCUAGCAGAGACGCAUGA